AUAAUUGAAUACAAUAAAUCUAAAGGACUGUUUUAUGAAAUAAAGGACUGUCCUUUAUAAUACAGGAUGUAUGAUUUCUGUAGCCAUGGGUCCCAUCCCAGCUGUUUAUGCCAUCACGUACCAUCUGAGUUAUGCGUAUAAAGAAGAAACACACGGACCUGUUUCCUUUCUAUAUAAAGGUGGAAAGUCUACAAAUUGGGAAGGAGGGAUUCGAGUGCCUGGCCUUCUCUACUGGCCCGGCAUUCUUGAGCCUGGAAAACAUAUUGAUGAGCCAACAAGUAAUAUGGAUAUAUUCCCCACCAUAAUUAAACUUGCAGGAGCAUCACUGCCCAAUGACCGAAUUAUUGAUGGACAUGAUCUAAUGCCCUUGCUCCAAGGCAGUGCUCUCCAAUCUCAGCAUGAAUUUCUCUUCCAUUACUGUAAUGCAUAUUUAAAUGCAGUUCGGUGGCAUCCAAGAAACAAUCUCUUAAAGAACAUUUCUCAACAACAGAGCAUCCCCGUGUUUGGGACUAUAACUCCUAUCAACUCAUUGAUCAUGACUGAUUAUAAGGAAUAAUUGAAUGGUUAUCAUCCAAAUGUUCUGGAGGUAUCCAAGCUGGGGAAGAACAAUCUGUGAGAUGCAAGAUGUUUUAUAAACAUAAAGAAACCAUACACGUGCACACACAGAGACACACAUACUACUGUCCACAAGGCUGCACAAUGGUUUUGGAUGAUCAUCUGCAUCUUCAAUGAGAUAUAACAUGCCACCUUUCACCCUAGAGGUUUCCCAUAAAUAAGAGUAGCAAAGUGUUUACCUAUAAUUUUUUUUUUAAAGCAUGGUAGUAUGAUAAGUUGAAAAUUAAGCAGCAAAACAGUAGCCAUAAAAGCAAGAGGCUAUAGUAAGAGUUAUGAGAAUAAUAAAAACAAUAAAUGCAGAAGAUACCAUUUAUAAUAACAACAUUGAAAAGUCAGGAAACAAAGUUGUUUUUAGCUGGUUGCUAGAAACUAACAAAAUAGAAAACAGUUUGUGUCCAGCUAACUACACAGGUGGAUGCUGUAAUACAUAGUAAAGAGGCUUGUCAGUAAGCAUUACACCUAAAGGCCCUCUGAGCAGAGCUUAAUGAAGGCUUAUGAAGGAACCAGCAUCCUUCAUCAUUAGCUGUGCUGCAUGAAGCUACAAGAACUUCAGUUGAACAAUACCUGGAGGGUCACAGGUUCCACAAAAUGAGCUAUCAUUUUCAUACUGAAAAAGUAUGCAUAUGACCAAUGGCCACCAAGAAACUCAGGUGUUUCCAAAGGGAAGUAAUUAGGAUGAUAAAGCCUGGGAGGCAAUGGUUGGGGACACUGGGUACAUUCAGCUUGGAGAAGAGAAGACUGAGAAGUCAGGGAUUCCUGUGCUAGGAAGUGAAUUGAACAGAAUUGCCUCCAACAUCUCCUCCAACCUUUACAUUCUAUGAUUCAAUGAUUCAACCUUUAAAUUCUAUGAUUCAGUUCUCCUCCUCCUCCUUUCCUUUAUAUGAAAAACAUACAAGAGAAGGAGUUGGGCAAUGACUUGCAAUGUUGCUGACUGCUCACUCUAGUCAUGUAACCCAGAGUGGAUCAUAUGCAGUCUGCUCUCCUUCCCACUGGCUGUAUACAUGAAAAAACACAUAGACACAAUAUGAGGGCAAACACACGCACAAAUAGUCAACAGAUAUGCACCCUUCUUGAUUGGGCCAUGAGAAUAAAGUACACACACCCCAACACACAUAUGUAAAAUUAGAGUUGUUUGAAAAAAUA